AUGGCAUUUGGAGAUGAAGAUGAAUUGAGUGAUGAUUCAUUGGAGUUGUCUGUGGAGGUAGGGGAGACGAACACAAGGACCAUCAAACAGACCAAAUCAAAGCCCAAUAAGGCAGCUAAAGGGAGUAUGAGGGGAAGGAAAAAUAGACAGAAGUUGCUGGAGGAAGCAGAUAAGUGCCAGCUCUGGGAGGAAAUUACCAAGACUCUAGAGGAAAUUAAGCCAACCAUAACAAUUGUAGCGGGGGAUUUCAAUGCCACCCUUUCCCACUCGGACAAGCGAGGAGGGGUGAGAAGGAUGUGUAGGAUCCAAACAGAUUUUCAGACCUGUGUGGAUUCUAAUGCUUUGUUUGAAGUGGAUGCUAAAGGUGGGAACUUCACAUGGAAUAAUAGGCAUUUGGGUUUCUCUAACAUAGUAGAGAAACUAGAUAGGUUCUUUUUGGUAGGGGAAUGGAACCUGGCUCCCCUUGUUUGUGAGGCAGAAGUUUUGGCAAUCUCCGGCUCGGAUCACUUCCCAAAUAGGACUGUAUUUGAAAAUAUCUUCGAAGAGAAACGAAAGAUUGAAGGAGAGCUGGGGGCUCUAAAUUUGAAAGUCUUAGCAAAGGGAAUGGACGAGGUGGACUACCUCAUAGAGAAAGAUAUGGUGAAGAGAAGCCUUAAUAGAAUUUUAUCUCUGCUUGUGAAGGAUGGAACUUCGACGAAUGAUUCUGACCGGAUUAACCAGGAGGUUGUUGAUUUUUUUGGAAAUUUAUGGAAUAAGAGCAGGAUUGAUCAGGUCAGAUUGAAAGAUGAGUUUUUGGCUGUGAUCCCACAAUUAGUUACUAGGGAGGACAACCAGAUGGUUGAGGAGCCAAUUUCUCUGAAGGAACUAAAAGCAGUUGUUUUUGGUCUUGGUGGGGAGAAUGCGUCGGGCUCAGAUGACUUUCAAGAUUUCUUUUACUAG